AUGUCAGGAAGUAUUAUUCAUGAAAAGUCGGCAUCGCUUGAACUUGCUCGUCAAAUUAGUGUAAAUAGUGCUAAUUCACCAUUAAAACUAUUUACUCAAGCUAAAACAACAAUCACUCAAAUAUUUAAAAACAUUGCAUCAUACGUUGAUUACUCUAAUAAAUUUCUAGAAGAAGUGAGCAACGCUGAUAAAAAUUUAAUAACUGACGAUAAAUACAAAGAUAUUCAACAAUUAAAUGAUAAAGUUAAUCGAAUUUUAUCUGUUAUAUCACGCGACCAUAUGAAAGUUGUCUUUUUUGGAAGAACAAGUAAUGGGAAAAGUACAACUGUCAAUGCUAUGUUACGCGAAAGAAUAUUACCAGUUGGGAUGGGACACACAACUAAUUGUUUUCUUCAAAUUGAAGGAACUGAUGAAGCAGAAGCAUAUGUUCUCACACCCGAAUCAGACGAACCAAAAAGUGUUUCUAGUUUGGGUAGUAUCAGCAAUGCGCUCUCAAGAGAAAAACUGGAUUCAGAUUCUCUUGUAAAAAUUUUAUGGCCAAAAGAAAAAUGUCGUUUGAUUCGAGAUGAUGUUAUUCUUGUUGAUAGUCCUGGUAUUGAUGUAUCAGCAAACCUCGAUCAAUGGAUUGAAAAUCAUUGCUUAGAUGCUGAUGUAUUUGUACUGGUUAUUUCAGCUGAAGCAACAAUUACAGUUGCUGAGAAAAAAUUUUUACAUAAUGUUGCACAACGUUUAUCAAAUCCAAAUAUUUUCAUCUUGAUGAAUCGUUGGGAUGCAACUGCAUAUGAACCGGAGUCAGUCGAAUCGGUGAGACAACAACAUCUUGACCGUGGACUAGAAUUUCUAUGCGACGAAUUAAAGCUGUGUGAUCGAAAACAGGCUUCUGAGCAUCGGAUGUUCUUUAUUUCAGCACGGGAAGCCUUAUUGAGCCGAAAUAAAGAUCCGACAGCAUCACCACGAAGUGGUUUCAAUGAAGGAUAUCAAGAACGUCUCGAGGAAUUCAGUAAAUUUGAACAUGAAUUUGAAGAGUGUAUUUCAAAAACUGCUAUUCAAACGAAAUUCGAACAACAUACAAAUCGAGGCAAAGAAAUUAUAGCCUCACUACGUGAAACAACAGCUAAUGUUUGCAAUAAAUCCCAAAUAUUAAAACAAGAAUCAGUUCAAAAAUUAACUGAAAUGGACGAAAAAAAUAGUUUUCUUGAACAUGAAUUACGGGCAAUGACUGAAUCAGCGAAGGAAAAAAUUCGGCAUAUAUCUGAAGAUGUUUAUAAAAGAGUUGCACAAACAUUGAACGAUGAAAUUAAACGUCUUUAUACAUUAAUCGAAGAAUUUGAUCGUCCUUUUUCGUCCGAUCCAGAACAAAUUCCACUUUAUAAACGAGAUUUACAUCAUUGGGUUGAAGAACGACUUGGUUCUAAUUUGCAAAGUCGUCUACAUUCAGCCUUGUAUACAUCAUUAAAUAGUGUUCAUCGUGAAAUACAAGAUCGUGUUAAAUUAGUUCUAUCAAAUAGUGAACGUAAAAUACUCGUUGAUUCAAUAGUACCUCGUUCAGAUUUUAAUGUUUCCUACCGUUUGGAUUGUUCAAAUUUAUGUUCAGAUUUUCGUGAGGAUAUAGAAUUUAAAUUCUCAUUAGGCUUCUCAUGUCUAUGGCAGCGUUAUGUUCAAAAUCAGAAAGAAUCUCUAACGGGAUCCAAACGUAUGAAUGAACUAUCAUCACCAUCUUUACUUCAUUCGACAAAUGAUUUAUUAACAACAGCAAAUAAUAUAUCAUUAUUAACAUCAAAAUCGGGUUUACUGGCACUGGGAAGUUGUGCACUGAUAUGGCGUAGUGUUGGCUGGAGAGUUUUAGGUGUUGUUGCCGGUAUUUAUGGUAGUUUAUUUUUAUAUGAAAAAUUAAUGUGGACAAAAAAAGCACAGGAACGUGCAUUUAAACGCCAAUAUGCUGAUUAUGCAUCAUCUAAAAUGAAAUUAAUCGUUGAUAUGACAUCAGGUAAUGCAAGUGCCCAAGUACAACAAGAAUUAUCAAUGUAUUUUGCUCAAACAAUACAUUAUGUUGACAUGGAAAAAGAUGAUUUAGCAGAUAAUAUGCAACAACUACGAAAAGAUAUUGAUCAAUUAUUAAAAUAUAUUGAUAAAGGAAAAAAAUUACGAAAGCAAGGCGAUGAAAUUGAUAAUGAAUUGAGGGAAUUCUCAAAACAAUAUUUAUCAUCUGAUUCAAUUAUAGCAGCAAGUGAAUAA